AGAGCAAGGGCCGUGUUCACGGGAGGGGGAGAUAGAAGGCGGUGUUUAUUUCCCCUAAUUUAUUUAUUUACUUAUUUCCCCUCUGCUUGUGUUAACAAAUGUGUUCUGUUUGUCCAGCGAGAAAACAGUAGUUUUGGUUUACCAGCGUCAGUGGCUAUUCUUACUCCACUUCGCUGUUGGGUCGCCUGCAAUAGCUCUGCAGCCGCGCAGGCUUACAUACAACUUCCCGUCCGAAGAACACGACGAGACGAGGAGCCAGAGCUGCAGGAAAAUAAUUAGCCAAUACAGGGCUGUCGGGUGAAGACGUCCGCUUUUGCUGGAAAACUGACUUCCCUCAGGAAAACUAGAAAUUGUUGAAAAUAUCGGGUCGCCGAGGGUGUCUUGUGUUUUAUUUUCUUCGAGUGGGCUGCUUGCAUUCCACAAGCGGCGUCAGUGUCAGGCCGGCCACUAAAUAACGUUACAGGCUAACCCAGGGAUUUAAUGGGAGCCUUGCCUCUAUAGACCUCCUUUCUCCCCCCGACGGACCCUCGCUCGACAUUGAUUCGGGCGCUGUCCUCACCGGGGGGUGUUGAGCGGAACUGUUGCUCUGACUGCGGGAGGAGGGAGGCCCCCUGCCUCAGCAGUCGCUCUGGCCCAUUAUUGUGGAGCCGUAAUAUGGCAGGAAAUCUGAAGAAAGGAGGGGGACUUAUUGGCAUGAUGAAGGACGCUUUCCAGCCCCACCAUCACCUCCACCACUCCCAUCACCAACCAGGGGCCGUGGACAAGAAAACGGUUGAGAAAUGCUGGAAACUAAUGGACAAGGUGGUUCGUCUGUGUCAGAACCCCAAGCUGGCGCUGAAGAACAGCCCUCCCUACAUCUUGGACCUGCUGCCGGACACCUACCAGCACCUCCGCACGAUCCUGUCUCGCUACGAGGGCAAGAUGGAGACGCUGGGAGACAACGAGUACUUCCGUGUCUUCAUGGAGAACCUAACUAAGAAGACCAAACAGACCAUUAGCCUCUUCAAGGAAGGCAAAGAGCGCAUGUACGAAGAGAACUCGCAGCCCAGGCGGAACCUCACCAAGCUGUCUCUGAUCUUCAGUCACAUGCUGGCCGAGCUCAAGGCCAUCUUCCCCAACGGCCUCUUCCAGGGCGACAACUUCCGCAUCACCAAGGCCGACGCCGCAGAGUUCUGGAGACGGUCGUUCGGAGACAAGACCAUUGUGCCAUGGAAGGGUUUCCGGCAGGCGCUUCAUGAGUUCCAUCCCAUCAGUUCAGGCCUGGAGGCCAUGGCCCUCAAGUCCACCAUCGACCUCACGUGCAACGACUACAUCUCCGUCUUUGAGUUCGACAUCUUCACCAGGCUCUUCCAGCCGUGGUCGUCUCUCCUGCGGAACUGGAACAGCCUGGCGGUGACCCACCCAGGCUACAUGGCCUUCCUCACCUACGACGAGGUGAAGGCUCGCCUCCAGAAGUUCAUCCACAAGCCCGGCAGCUACAUUUUUCGUCUCAGCUGCACACGUUUGGGCCAGUGGGCCAUCGGAUACGUCACGGCUGACGGGAACAUCCUGCAGACCAUCCCCCACAACAAGCCCCUCUUUCAGGCUCUCAUCGACGGCUUCCGGGAAGGAUUCUACUUAUUCCCUGAUGGUCGCACCCAGAAUCCAGAUCUGACGGGGUUGUGUGAGCCGUCACCCCAGGACCAUAUCAAAGUUACACAGGAGCAGUAUGAGUUGUAUUGUGAGAUGGGCUCGACCUUCCAGCUGUGUAAGAUCUGUGCUGAGAACGACAAGGAUGUAAAGAUCGAGCCCUGUGGUCACCUCAUGUGCACAUCCUGCCUUACAGCCUGGCAGGAGUCAGAAGGCCAGGGCUGCCCGUUCUGCCGCUGUGAGAUUAAGGGCACGGAGCCCAUCGUGGUGGACCCCUUCGACCCCAAAGAUAACAGCGGCGGCUACGGAGGGGGACGGGGCAUCUUCGGGGCGGAGGGUGCCCCGUCUCCUAGCUACGACGACGAUGACGACGACCGUCUGGAAGACCCUCACCUCAUGAUGAGCAAACUGGCCUGCUCCAAGGCGGAGCGUCCCCCCUCUCCUCUCUCCAUGUCCCCCCAGGCCUCCCUGCCCCCGGUGCCCCCCCGGCUGGACCUCCUGCAGCACCGCGCCCCCGUCCCCCCCGGAGCCUCCAGCCCAGGAGCCACAUCCAAGGCAGGUGUCCUCUCUCCUCCUCCGGGGGCCCCGGCCCUCGCUGGCCAGAUGUCCCAGGAGCAUGCCGGGUCACAUCAUAAAGACAAACCCCUGCCUCUGCCCCCUGCCCUGCGUGACCUGCCCCCACCCCCGCCUCCGGACCGCCCGCCACCCACCGGCCCCGACACCCGUCUACAGAGACGCCCCCUCCCCUGCACCCCGGGAGAUCUCACCCUGGACAAACUGCCCCCCGCCCCACCCAACCGCGGCAUGGCGGACUGGAACGCUCGGCCCGUGCCCAAGGCGCCCACCGCCCAGGCUCUGAGUGCGGGCGAGGCGCGGGCCGGAGGGGCGGGGGCGGCGGUCUCCCGGGAGCUCUCCAACCGGCACUCGCUGCCCCUGGCUCUGCCCUCCGCCCUGGACGGACGAGGGGACGCUGGACGCAACAACAGCUCCGUCAGCCUGGAGCACCAGCUGAACUUUGGCGCUUCAGCGUCCGCUUGUGCCGAGUACGACAACCCCAAAGUCAAGCCCUCGGUCUCCGCCAACGCCAUCUACGCUUUAGCGGCCAGGCCCCUCCCAGCGGUGAAGCAGCCGGCCCCAGAGGAGGGGGUGCAGAGUGACGAGGAGUCCGACUACAUGAUGCCCAACUCCCGCCCCGUCCUGCCCCCCAUCAUCUCCUCCUCCUCCUUAGGGGAGCCUGCGCCCCCCAGGGCCCCCCAGCCCCCAGCACUCACCUCCAGGCCUCUUGUAAAUGAUGUGGACUCAGAUGGCCAACAGAUGUAUGAAGCCAUGUACAACAUCCAGGCCCAGGCCCAGGCCACCUCACUGCCACUGCAGUCACAGGACUCUGACUACUCAGAGCUGCCUCCUCUGCUGGUCAGCAACGGCCCCCGAGAGAGAGAGCGCGAGCGAGACCCCCCGAGCGAGGAGGAGGAGAACGGCUACGACAUCCCCAAACCCCCUCUCCCCCUCGCACCCGCCCGACGCACGCUCUCCGAGGUGGCCGCUUCCUCGGCCAGCUUCAGUCGCCUCUCCCUCGACAGCGACAUCGGCAUCGGCAACGGCAACGGCAGCGCAGCAGCGUUCUCUGACUCCUUCGACGUUCCCGAGCGCCCGCCCAAGCCGCUGCCCCGCCGCAUCAACUCGGACCGGCGGCCGAGCCCCGUGCCCCCCUCCACGCCGGUGCUGCCUUCUCUGCCGUCACUGCCAGCGGCGCCCGCCUUCAGCGGCGAGAUCGAGCACCUGAUGAGCCAGGGCUACUCCUACCAGGACAUCCAGAAGGCCCUGCAGAUCGCCCAGAACAAUAUCGAGAUGGCCAAGAACAUCCUGCGCGAGUUUGUCUCCAUCCCCUCCAAUGCUCACAUCCUCACAUAGCAUCCUCUAUGCUCUCUCGCUCGCACACACACACACACACACACACACACACACACACACACUCCUCCAGGCUUCUCGCAGGCCGACCCCUGCUACAGGCUUAUCACUCCCCAGUUGAAAAGAUGGAGUUUGUUUCCGUGGCGAUGUUGCCGUGACGAUGUUGCCGUGACGAUGUUGCCGUGUUGCGUAACCACGCCUCAGCCUGCCUGCUUCUUCUUCAGUGAGGUUGACCCAGAGGCGACCUGGCUCGUGCUUGGCUUGUGCUCUCCAGGUUUUCUUGUGUGCGUGCGUGCGGGUGUCUGUGCGUGUGUGUGCGUGCGUUUGUGUGUGUGGCUGUGGGCCAACACACACAUCAGGGUCAGCUUCUUAGUGGCAGUGUUUGUAGGUCAAGUACCGAUGAGGACUUUUUCUUUUUCUUUUCUUACUUCUUACUUUCUUUCAUUUGAUUUUGCCCAAAAGUAAUCACUGGUUGUGAAGACAUCUCGAUGCAACUGUCUCCUGCAAAAUGAAAAUUAGAAAUGUAUAUCAUUGUCUUUACAAUAAGUUAAUAUAAUAUAUAAACCAUAUAUUGCAAUAGAUAAUAUAACAUGUCUUUAGAUGCAGUCCCUGCUAAAGGGGGGGCGGGGGGGGAGUGGGGUCGGUGCUGGCACCUGGUCAUCAUCCCAGAAUCAUCACUUGAACAGCAAACAUGCAGAAUCUCAUGGAUGUCAUCGCCCCAGAUAGUAGAGGGCUGUGGGGGUGGUCCAUCCCUGAUCUGCUCUGAAUCUGACGGGUCAGAACCAGUUUUUGGCUGGAUUCGUUCCUGACCCAGCUGGGAAUGGACUUUUAGUGUGUCAGUUUGGUACUAUGUUGUGUGUGUGUGCGUGCGUGCGUGCGUGCGUGCGUGUGUGUGUGUGUCUGUGUGUCUAAGUCCUAACUACACUGCUUGUGGCAGAGCAGAGAGAACCCGUAAGAAUAGAAACCAGUAGCCUUGGCCCCAUAGCCGGCCCCAGCAGGUGUGGAGUGUGUUCACAAGAGUGUGUUCACAAGAGUGUGUUCACAUGAGUGUGUUCACAUGAGUGUGUUCACAUGAGGAUUUCCUUUAGGAUGAAGAAUUGACUCCAUCACCCAGCCAAAGCGUGCGGCAUAUGAUGACGUGGGGCAACCCUGUGUGUGUGUGUGUGUGUGUGUGUGUGUGUGUGUGUGUGUGUGUGUGUGUGUGUGUG